GUCACGUGAUGCUCGCUAUGGCUUCCCGGUGGAGCCGGGGGAGGACUGGUACCUGUUAGAGAAUUUUCAGUUUUAACCAGAAAGCAAGGUUUUGGCCUUAAUAUCCUCAGCCGGUGACGGAGGGAUCGGCGGAGCUCGGACAUGCAGAAGAUUAAAUCCCUGAUGACCCGCCAGGGUCCAAAAAGUCCUCAAGACAGCUUCAAUGAUCUUAGUCCUGUAGAGAAUUUCCGGAUUCCUACGAAGGAAGAGCUGCGAGAUCUUCGGGAGCAGGCCACAGAUCCUCAAGCAGAACAGGAGUUAAUCAACAGCAUUGAAGACGUUUAUUUUUCCAAUGACUCUUUUGACGUUGUUCAAUAUGAGCUCGAGAAACUACCGCCAGUUCUUAGCCUACAGGAAGUGGAAGAAUACAGAGACAAGUUAAAGCGACAACAGGCUGCAGUAUCCAAAAAAGUUGCAGAUUUGAUUCUUGAAAAACAGCCUUCUUAUGUAAAGGAACUUGAACGAGUUACGUCGCUCCAAACAAGCCUUCAGCUGGCUGCUGUUAUUUGCACAAAUGGAAGAAGACACUUGAAUGCAGCAAAGGAAGGAUUCACUCAAGCUAGUCUGGGACUUCUUGCAAACCAGAGAAAGAGGCAGUUAUUGAUCGGUCUACUUAAGUCAUUGAGGACCAUUAAAACACUGCAAAGAACAGAUGUUCGACUGAGUGAAAUGCUUGAGGAAGAAGAUUACCCUGGAGCAAUUCAACUCUGUCUGGAGUGUCAGAAGGCAGCGAGCACAUUUAAACACUACAGCUGUAUAAGUGAAUUACAUUCAAAACUGCAGGAUACCCUUGAACAAAUUGAGGAACAGUUAGAUGUCGCCCUCUCAAAAAUUUGCAAGAACUUUGAUGUUGCUCAUUACACUAAAGUCCAACAAGCUUAUAGACUUCUAGGAAAAACCCAGACUGCAAUGGAUCAACUUCACAUGCACUUCACGCAAGCUAUUCACAAUACAGUGUUUCAAGUGGUUUUGGGGUAUGUGGAGCUUUGUGCUGGAAACACAGACACAAAAUUUCAGAAACUACCUUACAAGGAUCUCUGCAUGCAUAUAACAUCUGACAGCUACAUUCCUUGUCUGACCGACCUAUGCAAGGCACUUUGGGAGGUUAUGCUUAGUUAUUUUCGAACAAUGGAUUGGCAUGAGAAACACAAUCAAGAAGAAACCACGUCCACUUCGGAUAGUAAUAAUGUCUCUGCUGUGGAAGAGAACAAUUUUGAUCGCAGUUAUAUUAAAAAGAAAUUGGAACAUGGAUUAACGCGCAUCUGGCAGGAUGUCCAACUAAAAGUCAAAACAUAUCUUCUAGGAACCGACAUGUCCAACUUCAAAUAUGACGAUUUUAUAUUUGUUUUAGAUAUAAUCAGCAGACUAAUGCAGGUUGGAGAAGAAUUUUGUGGUAGUAAGUCAGAAGUCUUGCAGGAAUCUAUACGGAAACAAAGUAUAAACUAUUUUAAGAAUUAUCAUAGAACACGUCUAGAAGAGCUACGAAUGUUCCUUGAGAAUGAGACUUGGGAACUCUGCCCUGUCAAGUCCAGUUUUAGCAUUUUGCAAUUACACGAAUUUAAAUGUUUGGGACAGUCCCGAUCUCCAUCAAUGUCACCCAGUAAGCAAGCGUCUUCAGUGGAAACGGAAGCAUUGAGCUUAUUUGAACAGUACAACAAUGGAGGAAAUCCUUUUGAGAUUCAAGCCACAAUGAAAGAUGAUGAGACCGAGGAUGUUCUGGCGGCCAAUGGGUAUGAAUCUGAUGAGUUAGAGAAAAGUGCUUAUCAGGAAUAUGACAGUGACAGUGAUGUUCCAGAGGAGCUGAAGAGGGAUUACGUUGACGAGCAGACAGGAGAUGUACCAACUAAAAGUGUUUCUCGAGAAACUCUGCGUAGCCGAAAGAGAUCAGAUUACAGUCUGAACAAAGCAAAUGCCCCAAUCUUGACAAACACUACACUGAAUGUCAUACGACUUGUUGGAAAGUAUAUGCAAAUGAUGACCAUUUUGAAGCCAAUUGCCUUUGAUGUCAUCCACUGCAUGUCCCAAUUGUUUGAUUACUACUUGUAUGCUGUGUACACCUUUUUUGGAAGAAACGAUGCUUAUGAGUCCACUGGGCUGGGUCUGAGUAGUAGCAGACUAAGAACAACACUGAACAGAAUUCAGGAAAGUCUUAUUGAUCUGGAAGUUUCUAGUGAAAAUCCUGGAGCCUUGGUGUCAUCUGAAGAAAAAAAAGAAAAAGUGCCAAGCCCUCAUCUCAGCCAACUGGUUAUUUUGACUUCAAGCAAUACCCUUUAUGGGCUUUCUGAGCGGGUUGUGGCUACAGAGUCCUUGGUCUUUUUGGCUGAACAGUUUGAGUUUCUCCAGACGCAUCUCGAUUCUGUGAUGCCUGCAGCUAAGAAGCCCUUUCUACAACAAUUUUAUUCCCAGACUGUGUCGACAGCCAGCGAACUCAGAAAGCCCAUUUAUUGGAUAGUAGCUGCAAAAGCUAUUGAUUAUGAACAGUUGUUACUCCUUAUGGCAAAUGUGAAAUGGGAUGUGAAGGAAAUCAUGUCACAGCACAAUGUAUAUGUUGACGCCCUUUUGAAGGAAUUUGAACAGUUUAAUAAGAAGCUCGCUGAACUUUCAAAACAUGUCCGUAUACCUUUGCCAGUUUCAAAUAUUCUUUGGGAACAUUGCAUCCGGCUUGCCAAUAGAACUCUUGUUGAAGGCUACGCGAAUGUCAAGAAAUGCAGCAACGAAGGCCGGGCACUCAUGCAGCUGGAUUUCCAGCAGUUCUUGAUGAAGCUUGAGAAACUCACUGACAUUAGACCCAUUCCUGACAAAGAGUUUGUGGAGACGUACAUAAAAGCCUAUUACUUAACUGAAAAUGACAUGGAACGCUGGAUCAAAGAGCAUCGGGAAUAUUCAACAAAGCAGCUGACUAAUUUGGUGAAUGUUUGCCUGGGCUCCCAUAUAAACAAAAAAGCCAGACAGAAGCUACUCUCUGCUAUUGAUGACCUGGAUCGUCCUAAAAGAUGAAUGCCCAAGGAAUUAACUACCAUCUGCAUGACUUGACAAAACACAUUAGUAUUGCUGGAAUAGAGAGAGCUUAAAUUCUAAACUGCAUGCAUAUUCCAUAGAUUGUUUUUUUAUUUUAAUACUACAUUUGGUGUGCUGUCCUUUUAGUUUCCAUCUCAUAAUUAGAAACUUGUAAUAGUCCUACGUGCACUAUCAUAAAAUGUUACAAACUGCCUCAUUGUGGGAAAUUAGUGAUUACGCUCCAUUUUUUUGAAUGAAGCAUUACUUUUUAAAUAUAUGUAUUCCGUCCAAUAUGAAGAAAUCCAAAUGCUCUCCUUUGCUACAUGUAAAGAGGAUUUGAUUAAAGACUCGACGUUUAAGCAUCUGUAGACAGUUAUUGGUGCAGCCAUGUCCUCGGCAUUCAGUAAAAACGUCCAUGUCUUGGAGUACAUCACUAAUAUGGUCCUUCUGUUAUAAACCUGUUCGGAAAAAUUAAUUUGAAGACAAGUCUAAACAACAAUAGUAAUUAUUAAUUUGUUUUUGCAGAACUAUUGGUGAUUAUAUUUAGAAAUGUAUGGGAAUUGUAUUAUAAAGCAUACUAUGGUUCCCACUAUGGUCCUCUUUGUUUUUGCCGUUAGAUUGUUCAUUAUUAUUCCUUAUUGCUGCCAAAUGCCUAGUCCUGACCCUCCCUUCCGCAACACACCUUUUUUUCCAUUGAACCCACCACCAUUCUUAAGUUACUUCCUCAUCCUACAUAACGGUUUUCCUUGUUUGUUUUAGGUAACAGAGUAUACACUUUAUUGGAUAGCGGGUAUCUGUUGAUAGUGUUUUUUUUUUUUUUUAAAUGUUUCUACUUUGAUGGGAAUAGUUUGAUCUAAUUGUAUUUGCAACUACUCUUUGUAUAGUGCUGCUGUUGAGCUUGGAAUCCAUGGAUAUCACCAUAGCAACCAUUCCCAAACUAACUGCAUUCCAUACAGAAAGCAUCUCAUUUUGCUUCAUGCAAAGACUGGGCAUUGAAAAGUUAACUGAAACAAAACAUGUUGUCAUAACCAUAGUUAAUGUAGGCUAUUUAAUUACAAAUUAACAAUCCCAUUUUUUUUUUG